CGGCCCCUCGUCAGCUGCUCCCGGCGCGCCCGGGUCGCCGCUUGAGCCCGCCGGGCUGUGAAUGAAAAGCAGGCGCGGCCGUGGACUACCUGCCAGCGACGCGACGACGCCGGCCUCCCGGGAGGCGCGCUCCCCGCGGAGAUGUACGGUGUGUGUGGCUGCUGCGGCGCCCUUCGUCCCAGGUACAAGAGGCUGGUGGACAAUAUCUUCCCGGAAGAUCCUGAGGAUGGUCUGGUGAAAACCAACAUGGAGAAGCUGACCUUCUAUGCCCUCUCAGCUCCAGAGAAGCUGGAUCGCAUCGGUGCCUACCUCUCCGAGAGGCUCAUCCGAGACGUGGGGCGCCAUCGCUAUGGGUACGUGUGUAUCGCCAUGGAGGCGCUGGACCAGCUGCUCAUGGCCUGCCACUGCCAGAGCAUCAAUCUCUUCGUGGAAAGCUUCCUGAAGAUGGUGGCCAAGCUGCUGGAGUCGGAGAAACCCAACCUGCAGAUCCUCGGCACCAACUCGUUUGUGAAGUUCGCCAACAUUGAAGAGGACACCCCAUCUUAUCAUCGGAGCUAUGAUUUCUUUGUGUCCCGAUUUAGUGAAAUGUGCCACUCAAGCCAUGACGACUUGGAAAUCAAGACCAAAAUCCGAAUGUCGGGCAUCAAAGGCCUGCAAGGGGUCGUGAGGAAGACGGUGAAUGAUGAGCUGCAGGCCAACAUCUGGGACCCACAGCACAUGGACAAGAUCGUCCCAUCGCUCCUCUUCAAUCUGCAGCACAUAGAAGAGGCAGAGAGCCGGUCUCCCUCGCCCCUCCAAGCACCGGAGAAGGAAAAGGAGAACCCAGCAGAGCUGGCUGAGAGGUGCCUGCGGGAGCUGCUGGGCCGGGCAGCCUUCGGCAACAUCAAAAACGCCAUUAAGCCUGUUCUUAUCCACCUGGAUAACCAUUCUCUUUGGGAACCCAAGGUGUUCGCCACUCGUUGCUUCAAAAUCAUCAUGUACUCAAUCCAGCCGCAGCACUCCCACCUGGUUAUCCAGCAGCUCCUGAGCCACCUAGACGCCAACAGCCGCAGCGCGGCGACUGUGCGGGCAGGCAUCGUGGAGGUCCUAUCGGAAGCUGCGGUUAUCGCCGCCACCGGCUCUGUCGGGCCCACGGUGCUGGAGAUGUUCAACACCCUGCUGCGGCAGCUGCGGCUCAGCAUCGACUACGCGCUGACCGGGAGCUACGACGGCGCUGUCAGCCUGGGCACCAAGAUCAUCAAGGAGCAUGAGGAGCGCAUGUUUCAGGAGGCGGUCAUCAAGACCAUCGGAUCAUUUGCCAGCACGCUGCCCACCUAUCAGCGCUCGGAGGUGAUCCUCUUCAUCAUGAGCAAAGUCCCCAUACCCUCCCUGCACCACCCAGUGGAGACCGGAAGGACAGGGGAGAAUAGAAACCGGCUGACCCAGAUCAUGCUGCUGAAGUCUCUCCUUCAGGUCUCCACAGGAUUCCCGUGCAGCAACAUGAUGUCAGCUCUGCCUAGCAACUUCCUUGACCGCCUGCUCUCCACCGCCCUCAUGGAGGAUGCCGAAAUCCGCCUCUUCGUUCUGGAGAUUCUCAUCAGUUUCAUUGAUCGCCAUGGCAACCGCCACAAAUUCUCUACCAUCAGCACCCUCAGUGACAUCUCGGUCCUGAAGCUGAAAGUGGACAAGUGCUCCCGGCAGGACACUGUCUUCAUGAAGAAGCACUCCCAGCAGCUAUACAGGCACAUCUACCUAAGCUGUAAGGAGGAGACGAACAUCCAGAAGCACUAUGAGGCACUCUACGGCCUGCUGGCACUCAUCAGCAUUGAGCUGGCCAACGAGGAGGUGAUGGUGGACCUCAUCCGACUGGUACUGGCUGUUCAGGACGUGGCCCAAGUCAAUGAAGAGAAUCUGCCUGCCUAUAACCGCUGUGCGCUCUACGCUCUGGGUGCAGCCUACCUGAACCUCAUCAGUCAGCUCACAACGGUGCCUGCCUUCUGCCAGCACAUCCACGAGGUGAUAGAGACCAGGAAAAAAGAAGCACCAUACAUGCUUCCCGAAGACGUGUUUGUGGAAAGGCCCAGGCUGUCUCAGAAUCUAGAUGGCGUGGUGAUAGAGUUUCUCUUCCGCCAGAGUAAAAUCAGCGAAGUCCUGGGGGGCAGCGGCUACAAUUCGGACAGGCUCUGCCUGCCCUACAUCCCUCAGCUGACAGAUGAAGAUCGUUUAUCCAAGAGGAAGAGCAUUGGAGAGACCAUUUCCCUUCAGGUAGAGGUGGAAUCGAGGAACAGCCCAGAGAAAGAGGAGAGAGUGCCUGCAGAGGAGAUCACCUAUGAGACACUGAAGAAGGCCAUUGUGGACAGCGUGGCAGUUGAGGAACAGGAGCGUGAGCGGCGACGACAGGUGGUAGAGAAAUUCCAGAAGGCGCCCUUCGAGGAGAUUGCAGCUCACUGUGGGGCCCGGGCAUCUCUGCUGCAGAGCAAACUCAACCAGAUCUUUGAAAUCACCAUCCGGCCUCCUCCAAGCCCUUCAGGGACCAUCACUGCAGCAUAUGGCCAGCCACAGAACCAUUCCAUCCCUGUCUAUGAGAUGAAGUUUCCCGACCUGUGCGUGUACUGAAUUCCAAGAGACGGAACUCCUCAGAGGACACCGGGAGGACCGCCCUCCUGCCCACUCUCACCGUGUGGAAACCUAACCUGGAGAGCUGAGAAAGUCACCUUGGACAGUGGCUCUUCCCGAGUUGAGCAAAGAUGGAGCCUCUGGUCCUCCAUGGCCCUCCUGCUCCCUUCUGGUCUUCUGUGAGGAAGAUCCAGUUUCCUGCCCUCUGGGGCUAAGCAUCUCAUCUGUCUUCCCUUUCAUAUCAGCCAGGGACAGAGAAUCAUGAGGGUGUCUCCCUUGAGAAGCAAGAGGGGCCUGGGAAGCUUCCAUUGGAAAUGUGUCCAUGAGGGAGUGUCAGACACCCCCAGGGGAAGGAGCCUGAUGAAGACAUGGAUGGUCUAAGAAAGCCAGAGAUGGUGCUGGGGGAAACUGAGGAAAUCCUCCUCAUCAGGAAGUGACGGUGUGAGAUCUGGACGUGAUGUGCACCCCCACCUCUUAGUCUUGGGUGUCUGGCUGAGCCUCUUCUUUACGUCCAGUUGUCUGUUUCUUUUUCUGCUAUUAAUGGUUGCUGAGCGCCUACAGAAGAAGCUGGGGUAGAGAGGCUGGCGGGAGAACAACAGGCUGGGACAGAGAGGGACAGCUUCUUCCCGGGCUGGGUGGCUGCGUCGGCAAAGCACAAGCGUGGCAAGCUGCACCUUCUCAGCUCCUCUGUCUGGAGGAAGCUGUGACAGAUCUGCCGUUCUUUCUUCCUGCUCUUUCCCAGGUUGUUAAGUGUGUUCCCUGAUACCUUUCUUCCAAAUAUCCCACUGUGUUUCCACAUCCUCCGGGUUGAGAGACAGCUGAGCAGGCUAGCUGGUCCUAGAUGACUGGAAAGUGGGGAGGAAAUGCCGAGGGCCCUGAGACCUGUCCACAUCACUUCCCAUGGAAGAUGCUUGCAGCAAGAAUGUGUGUGUGUGUGUGUGUGUGUGUGUGUGUGUGUGUGUGUGUGUUGGGAUUAAUUGAACAAGUGGCACUUUAGGAUUCAAGGAAAGAGAUUUAACAGCUAGGAUUGAAAUGAUGUUUUCCCUCUCUGGGCCAAGUCUGAGACUUUGAGGAUAAUUGGCCUUGUUUGUGGCCUGGGGAGAGGUGAUAGAAACCCCUUUGCUUCCAUUUUCCCUAUGUAUGUGUCUGUGUGGCUCAUGUGUUCUGGGAGCACUGACCCAGGACCGGGUGGAUGACCCUUUCCUGAUGCCCGUCUCGCUGGGUGUCUUCAUGCCUCCCAGGAUGCUUCUGGCCGCACCCCAGGCCUCUUCCACUGGUAAUACCCCACGGUCCAGGACAGUCCUUUUUUUCCCUUUCAAACUUCCUGUAAGUUUUCUGAGCUGUUUUCCUCUGAGGCCCAAUGCUGCUUCUAGAGAUUUUGCUUUUUAGGAAAAGGGAGUUGAUCUGUUGACUCACAGGAAUCCUUUCUAGGGUAUAAUUUUAGGCAGUGUGACCCAGGACCAUAAAGUAGCCAUUUCUGCUAAGGAGGGUGUGGGCUUCUCAGGACACUCCAGACCACAGCCCUGGAUGUGAUCCUGCAUGGUGAAAGCCUGCUCACCUACUAGGGCAGGUGGGGACAAUUUCACAGACUGGAACUCAUGUGCUUCCCCAUUGCACAUAUGUUAAAUGUCACAAAUGGGACCUAUCUCACCCUGUCCCCAUAGAUUCUUCACUUCUAAUGUAACUCUUUCCCAUGGUCUCUGCACUGAGCUGUGGACUCAUGGCUCUUGUGUGGGCUACGUGAUCUCAUGUCCCUGAGGAUGAGGCUGUCCCUGACUUUGGAGCAAUGUGGUUGUCGCUCAAUCCAACUUUAUAAGCAUGGACUUAGGUUUCUCCUUAAUAUCUCUUUACUAAGAAGCCAAGUUUUUUUUUUUUUUAAAAAAAAAAGCACGAAGGCAAGUAACCCUUUAGAAACUAAGAAAAUCUAAGCCUUGAGCUAAAAAUGUGUCUUUCUUCACCUGCCCGCCACAUUAUUGUUACUAUUAUUAUUAAUAGUAUUAGUAUUAUUUUAGUUUUUCAUAACAGUUUCUCUGUAGCUUUUGAGCCUCUCCUGGAACUAGCUCUUGUAGGCCAGGCUGACCUGGAACUCACAGAGAUCCACCUGCCUCUGCCUCCCGAGUGCUGGGAUUAAAGGCCUGCGCCACCACCGCCCAGCUCCACCACAUCUUUUAUACCAGCCUUGACUUGGAUAAGAGCACAUCAGUUUCUUUCUUGUUCCCAAGUGACAUCAGUGUCCCCCCCUGAGGUAGCUUGACCCUUGUUGUGGAUUGUGAGGGCCUCUUUCUUGGAGUCUCUCUAGAGUCAGGCAUCAGAACCAGAGGCCUACGCAGGCCCCACUCAAUACUCUGUCAGUCAACCCAGCCUCGGAAACAGGAAAAAAGGGAACAGAGUUUCAAUUCUGCAGACCCAGCUGCUCCGAGGUCCUCCCCUGAACUUCCUUUUUCUCCACACCGUGGCUGCUUAGCAGGGACGAGCUGCUUCUAGAGAGCAGGCCACAUCUGUGCCCUCUUCUUAGAUUUAAGUUUAUAUUCAGUAGGGUAUUGGGUUGCCCGUUGACAAGGAAUGGAAUCUGAUCCUGGCCAAGUCAGGAAGUCUAGAUGGUGGUUACAAGAGUCUGUCACUCCAUCACCAGGCAAAGCAGAGUGGGCAUGCGCUGGGGGAGGGACACAGUGUGACUCGUGCCUUUCCAGCCUCUGGUGUCUGAUAGCACUAUCCAUGCCCAGUUCUGUUCACCUUCUCUGUUGUAAACCAGGAGCAGAAGGAGCCAGCAAAGCCAUUAAGGCCAACUGGUCCCCACCCCACCAGAGCACCCAGGGCUCUGGCUUCAUAGGCCAGGGCCGAAGGGUGGCAUCCUGCUGACGUGAGUGUGUUUUGAGGGUCAGAAGUUAAUUUGGUAGAUCAUAAACAAGUGUAAGAAGCUGAUCAAUAGAAAAUGCCUUCGUUCCAGAAACAGCUGCUAUUUCCCCGUGCUGAGCCUGUUUCCUCUUCGAUCACUAGAAAUAAAUGGUUUCAUGACUCCUCAGUAACCUCAUAAGAAAACCUAAAAACGUCCUGUGUUCGGGCCCUGAAUUAGUACACAAAGCGGGGGGGGGGGGUGUCAUGGGCCUGGGACCAAGGACCGUGGUCUGAGCAGCCACAUCCUGUAUACUGCGGGAGUAGAUUCUGGAAAAGCCCUAAGGUUCCUCUGGACUCUUGGGGCAGGGGGCCCAGUGUCCUCCAGCUGCUCUUCUGUUGUCCUGGGCUGCCAGCCUGCUUCGUGGGAUGCUGCUAAGAAGGGGUGCCUGGCUCUGUUUGGGAGUCUGGGGGAAGGAACACCCUAGCUGUGAGUCUGAAGGUUGUGUUUAAAAGCAGACUUGCAGGUGGGGGAGGGUUGUAUCAGGGGGUGUCUGCUCUCCUUGACCUCUGGCAAGUAGAUUGCACAGAAACGGGUCUUGUCCUCUGGAAUCUGCGGGUAAGGUUCAAGGAAAGCUGUUGCCUCUAUCUCUCUAGUGUAAAAGUCUGCUUUCUAUGGCUCUGUAACCCAAGCUAGUCUAGAUCUAGCCACUGCAGAAGAGGAAUCAUGGGAGGUCUUAUUCUUGAUCCUGGCUACCUGGGGGAGUGAUGAGGAGAAACCGUGCGGUAAAGGAGAAAACUUCAUGGUUAUGUUGGCUGCCCUCUGGCACCAGCCUGGCUCCUUCAGGGAGCAUAGUUUCUCCUGAGCCCAGCCCUUGCCUUCUUUUUUGGGGUGGGGUGGUGCUCAAGACAGGGUUUCUCUGUGUGACAGCCCUGGCUGUCCUGGAACUCACUCUGUAGACCAGGCUGUCCUGAGAACUCUGAGAUCUGCCUACCCCUGCCUUCCGGAGUACUAGGAUUGAAGGUGUAGGCUGCCACUACCUGGUUUACUUGUCCUCUGAACACUUCAUGGCUGUGGAUUCUGGUAUAUGGAAUAUAAAAUUGAACACCCAUAGAUGCUCCAGCCCAUCCAUCUCAAUGUGUCUGAGUUCUUUUAGUCCUUCAUGACCUGGCUGAGUGUAUAUGUGCCUAUGUCAAUGCAUGUAUUUAAUGUAGUUUGUAGUUGCCAACGUUGUAUAUAUUAUAGCCGACUUAUUUAUAUGUGAGUACAGAAUUGGCACCUGUGGCAGCUUCCUGUAUUUUAAACUUGUUGAAUCCAAUUAGUUUUCCUUCCAGGGAGGCGGGGGCCAGGGGAGAACUGGUGUUGGAAGAACUAUUCCAAAGUCAUUCUUUAAGACAUUAGCCGUGGUUUCCCAGUGGGCCUGCACAAUGCCCUUUUCAAAUAAAUGUUAAUGUUGUCACCA